UCAAGAAGAAAAAGAAGAGCUUUUAAGCAAUCUGUGGAGAAAGUUUGUGACGCAAUUAUUAAGGAGCAAGAGGAAGAUGAACACCUUCAGCACUUGGAAGAAAGAUUUCUUCAAAAGAGAAAAAACUCACCUGACCUCAGGAAUAUUAUAGAUGAUGAUGAUGAUGAAUAAAAUGACAGAUGUAAAUGGGAAGAGGAAAAGAAGCCCCCUUAAAGAUGAGAAGGAAACAGGGACAACACCCAAGAAAAGCAGGAGAAGCUUACAGAGGAAUGGUAAAGAAAAACCUGCAAAAGACCCUGAAUUUGAGCUCACCAAAUCAUCAGUAAAAUUCUCAGACAUUGGGGGUUGUGAUGACACUGUGGAUCAAGUUUGUAAACUGCUGGUUCACAUGAAGCAUCCUGAAGUGUUCCGCACACUUGGAGUGACCCCGCCCAGAGGGUUCCUCCUUCAUGGUCCUCCAGGAUGUGGCAAGACAUUACUAGCCCAUGCUAUUGCAGGGGAGUUGGAAAUGCCUUUCAUCAAACUGGCUGCCACAGAAAUUGUGUCAGGAGUGUCAGGAGAAUCAGAAGAGAAAGUCAGAGAGUUAUUUUCACGAGCUGUGGCCCAUUCUCCAUGUGUGUUAUUUCUGGAUGAAAUAGACUCUAUCACACCCAAAAGAGAAACAGCUUCCAAAGACAUGGAACGAAGAAUUGUGUCACAGCUUUUGACUUGCAUGGAUGACUUGAACAGCAACUCAGAUGUUCAAGUAAUGGUUAUAGGAGCAACCAACAGGCCGGAUUCGCUUGAUCCUGCACUGCGUCGUGCUGGUCGGUUUGACAGGGAAAUCUCUAUGGGCAUACCUGAUGAAAAUGCAAGAGAAAGGAUUUUGAGAGUUCUUUGCCAGAAGUUGAGGCUAGAGGAAAAUUUUUGUUUUUCUGUGCUGGCUCGUCUUACUCCAGGAUUUGUUGGUGCAGAUCUUAUGUCACUUGCAAGAGAAGCAGCCUUGAUAGCGGUUAACAGGAUAUUUCAAGAACUUGAAAGGAACGCAGAAAACAAGCGUGAAAAAAAUGAGACAAUGGCGACCACUGAACAACAGAAAGAGUCUGACGGGUUACAGGAUAUAAGGGAAUCCUCUGAUACUGUUCCUAGGUCAUUCAGUGUGACUGAAUGGCUAAAAGAGCAAUCACCGCUGACAGAGGAUGAGCUAGAGAAGCUUUGUAUUAACAUGGAUGAUUUCAAGACAGCCUUGUCUCAAGUCCAGCCUUCAGCAAAGAGAGAAGGAUUUGCCACCAUACCUGGAGUGACAUGGGAAGAUGUUGGAGCACUCAAAGAUGUCAGAGAGGAGCUUACUAUGGCUAUUCUGGCUCCAGUGAAAUAUCCAGGAGAAUUCCAAGCGCUCGGUCUGACUCAACCCCCGGGGAUUCUACUGGCUGGACCACCAGGCUGUGGUAAAACUCUUCUAGCAAAGGCGAUAGCAAAUGAGUCCGGCAUCAAUUUUAUCUCCGUCAAAGGACCAGAACUUCUUAGCAUGUAUGUUGGUGAAAGUGAGCGAGCCGUUAGACAAGUGUUCCAAAGAGCUAGGAAUUCUUCGCCGUGUGUAAUCUUCUUCGAUGAACUGGAUGCACUCUGCCCUAGGAGAUCCGACAGUGCAGAGUCUAGUGUAAACGUACGAGUCGUCAAUCAGCUGCUGACUGAGAUGGAUGGUCUGGAGGCCAGGAAACAAGUAUUCAUCAUGGGAGCUACAAACCGACCAGAUAUCAUCGACCCGGCUGUGCUGAGACCGGGACGACUUGAUAAAGUUCUGUAUGUUGGUCUUCCGGACACAGACGACAGAGAAGACAUCCUCAGAACACUCACCAAGGAUGGGAAGAAACCAUUGCUUCUGCCUGAUGUUAGUAUCCGAGAUCUUGCACAGGAUGAAAGAUGCGAAGGCCUUUCGGGAGCUGAUUUAGCGGCAUUGGUGCGCGAAGCUUGUAUGGUAGCUCUACGAGAACGAAUCCACGUGCACUCCACUGGUCACGAGUCUAUUGAGAAUCAACCUCCCCCGGAACAAAGCCCCUUAGGGGUGGGUAAGAGGCAUUUUUUGGCGGCCUUUCAGAAAGUGAAGCCGUCAGUGAGCAAGAAGGAUCAAGCUUUGUACGGAAAAAUGAGGACAUUGCCAACGACCG